AUGCCGGCGUAUGCUACGUUAUUCUACAAAUACGUUACGCGACGUUUCUCCACAUUAUUUCUGGCGCUAACCAUUGGAGCGAUUGGCACUGAUCUUGUUGUGGACAAACUUGGUGACUACCUUUUCGAUAGGUACAACAAGGGGAAGUUGUGGAAGGAUAUCAAGGAUCGCUAUGUGGACGAGCUCGCUUUCACUGGAUGA